UGAAAAUGCAAUUUGAGGAAGCACUUGAAAAAUGUGGAAACAAUGGUUGGUAUUAAAUACGAUUAUUCUUAAUUUCGUCACUUUUAACUUUUAUCUUAUCUGCCUAAAUUAUGAGUCCAACCUAUAAUUAUAUUGUUCCACAAUUAUACUGUAAUGGUUAAGUAAUGUUAAAUCUUAUUCUUAAGGUUUGUGUUGAGGAUCAAAAAACUUGCUCAGACAAAAACUAUUAAAUUGCUCCUGAUUUUAAGUAUAAGAAUAUAGUCACCGAGUUCAAUUUAUUUUGUGACAAUAAAAAAUACAUCAUGAUUACAAGUACAAUCAACUUUUUAGGAUCAGUUAUUGGAGGCGCAAUCCUCAGCCAGAUUUCUGUAAUUUAAUGAUGUGUAAACUAUUAGGACUAUUGGGGCAGAUAUAAAACGUUAUUGUUAUCUCUAGUUUUUACCAAUGUUGGAUUCAUUGGAAUCUAUUUUAGUGCAACCAUUUUAGAACUGAUAAUAUUUACUUUCAUAUUUGGGUUCUUCUAGGUUGGAGUCUACAUCAUGAUCCCAGUCCUGAUUAAUGAAAUAAGCGGCUACGAAAUCAAAUAAAUAUAUUCAACUGGAACUUUAGUCUUUUGGUGUUUAGGGGAGAUUCUAAUGGCUAUUUCAUUUUUCGCCAUAACAAAUUGGAGAACCAUUCAAUUACUUUUUAUUGUUAUUCCAGGCCUCAUCUCUCUAAUCUUAACAUUCUUUUCAGUUCAAGAAAGUCCAAGAUAUUUGUAUUAAACGAAAGAUUACGAUAAAGUAAAAUUAUUUUCAAGUAUCAACAGGCGCUUAAUGUUUUUCGUUACAUAGCAAAUGUAAACGGCAAUGAAUUUGAUGAACAAGCAUUAGAACAUUCUUAAAUGAAUAGUCUUAGAACUACUUAUUCAAUUUUUGAUUUAUUCAAGCUUAGACAAUUUGCAUCCUCUUCAGUUGGAUUUAUCUUAAUUUCUUUUGCUUUGCACUUAAUUUAUUAUGGUGGUUAGUUUGUGCUGUAAGAUAUUUCUAUUGGAAACAUGAUUUACAAAAUAGGAAUUCUUCUAGGAAUAAGCGAAUUAAUUGGUUAUUCCUUAAUUACUUACAUGAUACCUAAAUUAUAAAGAAAGUAUAAUCAAAUAUUUUUCUUUUCAAUUUAAAUUCUAGGAUGCUUAGCAUUUUUAUUCUAUGGAAUUUCUUAAUAUAAACUUGAAUGCCAGGGGUGUAUUGAAGAAAUAAUUGUUAUUUUACUAGUAUAAUCAUAUUAUUAUUUAGUGUUGCUUGAUACGAUUCUUUAACAGUUUCGGAUUUGGUCUUUAACGAUAACAUACUCUUGAAAUUUAUCCAACUUCAAUACGUGGUACAGGCUCUGGAUUUCUAUUUACUCUUGGAAUCUUAGGUUCUUUUUCAUCCUCAUAUAUGAUUGCUUUAGCUAGUUAUUUCGAAUUGAAUCAAGUUGCCUUUUUGGGUAUCUGUUCAAUUACAGGAAUUAUUGGAGCUAUUUUAACCAAAGAAACCUUUCAAAAAAAGUUAAUUGAUGAUGUCGAUGAAUCAAUAAAGGAAACAUAUCUAGAGGAUGGGAUGCUGAAAACAAAUUGA